AUGGAGGAAAUCGAGAUCGAGAAGCAAGCACUGCUCGAUGAAUCCGCAGAAAAGCUUCAAGAUAAGCCAAUGACUUCAGCUGAAAGGCAGCCUCGUCCGUUCAAAAAAUGGAUGGAUAGCUUCAAAGGGCGCAGACACGGAUCUCCUACCUUCAAACGACGAUACGUGGAAGGCUGGUCGGAAACAUCAUCGCAUGGUUCGCAGAGCCAACAGUCGAAUGUGUCCGACUUAUCGCAACUGGGAACCAUCAAAACGACGACAACGAGCAUUGAUAGUCAGGGUAUGGCAAGAUCCAGGGGAGGCACACCAAGUGCAGCGAACCAGAGCUUGUUGUCGGAUGUGCGCGAUUCCGACGAAAGCCCCCGUCCAGUCUCUAGUCUAUACGUCGAUGAAGCCGCCGAGGCACGAGCAAUCAAAAGGCGCCAUAUCCUGCGAGAGAUCAUUGUCACAGAGUCUGAUUAUGUGCUUGGUCUUAAAGCCCUGGUGGGAGUCUUUACAAUAUUUAGUGCAAGGCAUGGGAUAUCUCACAACAUCCAGGAGAUCCUCGGAUUACAUGAGCAGUUCUUGUUUCAGCUCCAAAUAAUCUCGCCCAUGUCGGAACCGCAUGUUGAACAGGCUGGCCUGUCUGAAUUUGCAUCCCGGGGGAUUUCGAAGCACAUUGGGGCCAUUGACUUGGGCAGCUUGAGGGGGCUUCAACACCGAUCAUUGAGGGCUCGAACACUCAAAGCAUCUAUCAGUCAGCGUCUCAAAGUGCUUGCCGCAGACCCAAGAGAAGCAUUUGAAGUUGCGCGGGGAAUCGAACACUUGUCGCUCUCAUUUUCUGCAUAUGACCGAUUUUGCAGCAACUACGAGCUCCUUACACAAGACGUUGCUCUUCUCCGUCGGUCAGUUGCCAAUUGGACAGUAUAUGACCAGGGAAUUGAGGCUCUAUCCAAGUCGGUCGCGUCUACCGACCGACGGAGACAAGAAGAAAACAAAUCAAUGACAUUGAAUGACCUGUUGAUAAAGCCUAUCCAACGUCUCUGCAAAUAUCCCCUCAUGCUACAAGACCUGCUCAGAGCUACGCCCGUUAGUGACUGUACAUCUUCGCAUGAUGGGAUUCGACAGAUUUUGGAGAGUAUGCGUACAUUAGUUACGCACAUCAAUUCAGCCACUGGAAAUCCGAUAAACAAAGAUCGCAUUCACAAGACAAUACUUCUCCAGCGCAAAGUGGAAAUUCCACAGUCGGGUGCUCUUGAAGGCAUAUACAGAGAUCUCGGCCCGAUGAUUCUCUGCGGUGUUCUUCAUGUCACAUACCAAACACCAGAAACCACCACCGGGGAUUUCAUGGUCUGCGUUCUUUUCAAUUACUACCUUCUUUUGGCCAAAGGAAUUGAUGACCUGCAUAGACUGGAAGCAGUGGCCUGUAUUUCUUUGGAUCAAGUCAAGAUUGAUACACUCCAGAAUGGGAAAGGUCUGUAUUGCUAUGGAUGUCUUUUUUCGUGGAAGCUUCAGUUCCGAGAAGAAGAAACCUACGAGUUCGUCCUCAGUGCAUCAUCGGUCGCGGAAGAAAAGCAGUGGAACACAGAGAUUCUCAAAGCCUCCGCGGCAUUGGUCGAACCGGGUCAACAUGAUACGAGGGAGCCCAAAAAAUAUUCUUUCUUGGCCCUUCGCUUAGCGCCUCUUGAUCGUGUCCAGUACGCAGUGUCAUCUCUGGCUCGAAGAUCCUCCAUGAAUUCCACGUCACUUGCACGCAGGUCCCAUGUCCAGCAUGUGGUGAUCAAAAAGACGCACCGCCCACGCAACGCCGAAGAGUCAGCCACACCAGUUGAAGGUGAGAUUGAACGGCCCAGGAUUCCAGUUUCACCGGGAGCAUUAGUUUUCACCGCUCGACGGAUCGAUCGUAUCCGCUUGGAGCGUCUGAUUGCAGAUGUGUACACCAAAGACCUUCUCCCGCUGCCCGGAAUGGUACUUGGACGAGGCGAUUUAUUUCGACGUGGAUCGAUCAUGAGACGACUGAGUCUCCAUACCGGAUUCACCAAGCACUCCAACUCUGUCAGAACUUCGCGUUCAGGGCCAGCUACCAGCGAUUUCAUUUCGAACGAUGACGAGGAGGACAAGUAUAUCACAGGCGGCAGCGAAGUGUUUGAUGACAAGGAUGUCGAGCUAGAGUCGCUCCAAGCACUUGCAACGCCGCGACGAUCGCGAACACUCCGGUUCAGAGGGUCGCCGAAAAAGUCUCCCAAGUCUCCGAAGUCGCCCAAGUCGCCAAAGUCCCCGAUUUCAAGUCCUUCAUCUCGCGGCGAAAAGCAAUGGAGCCAGAACGGAAGCUCUGAGGCCCCGUCAUCUCCCAAGAAAUGGUCGUCUCCGAUGAAUUUUUUCAGUAUCUUGGCGUCAAAGAAGUCGCGCAAGCCCCACUCUCAUGAAUGA